AUGGGAUCACAGCCGCAAUAUACGCUGCCUCCGCAGCAGGUCUCCUUCGCAGGCUUCCUAUUCGACAUGGACGGAACCAUUAUCGAUUCUACGCCAGCCAUCAUCAAGCACUGGAACUCCAUCGGCGAGGAGAUUGGCGUUGCACCCGAAACGAUACUCGAGACCUCCCACGGUCGACGGAGCAUCGACGUGCUCAAGAUACUCGCGCCCGAAAAGGCAAACUGGGAAUACGUUAGACACUUGGAAGGACAGCUUCCCCUGCUGUACGGCGAUGAUGCCGUCGAGAUUCCUGGUUCACGAUCCCUCCUGGACUCCCUCAUAGCCCAUUCCAGUCCCUGGGCCAUCGUCACCUCCGGCACCGAGCCCCUGGUCUCGGGAUGGCUCGACGUUCUCCAAUUUUCGAAGCCGUCCCACCUCGUCACCGCCGAGUCGGUCCUGAACGGCAAGCCGGAUCCGGCCUGCUACCUCAUCGGCCUCGACAAGCUCGGCCUGCGGGAGGCCGCCGCCGACGUCCUCGUGCUCGAGGACGCACCCGCUGGCAUCCAGGCGGGUAAGGCGGCCGGCUGCAAGGUCAUUGGCCUCGUGACGAGUCACACCGUCGACCAGAUUGUUGCCGCCGGCCCGGAUUGGGUCGUCAAGGACCUCGAGUCGGUCAAGGUCAUCGCACGGAGAGACGGAAAGGUGACGGUCGAGAUUUCCAAUGCGCUGCGGCGGUAA